GGGCGCUUAGUUAAUGAAGCUUGAGACUGUUUUAAGCGGGCCGCGCACGGCUUUCAAGCAUCAAGUCAAUGCUCGGCCGGAACUUGCGUUCUCCCCGCCUCCCGUAGUCCGGAACUUCCUCAACUUCUCCAUCCAUCGCUCACACAUCAUUCUUCAACACGCCGAAUCGCGCACUUUAUAUUCAACCCUCAAGCAAAUAACCACGACAAAAAACCUGUCAUUCAUGAAUUUAAUUUCGGGUGCAAAUCCUUGACAAUAGAAACCUUUCCCUCGACGUCUCAUUCCUUGUAUCUCUGUCUCCCGUCGCUCAGAGCUGCCACGACUGUCCUCCUGAGGAUUACGAGUCCCCGAUCCUUCACCAGCCCGUCAUGCUCCAGACGCAGACUCAGCACGUUUUUUCCCAUCAGCAUCAAUACCCCGCUGAUCCCUCCUGGCUGCAACAUCAACAACAGCAGCAGCAGCAGCAGCAGCAGCACCAUCAAGCCCAGCACCACCCACACCAGGCCCAACAACAGCAUUCUUCCUUGGUGGCCCAACAGCAUGCCCAAGUGCAGGCCGCUGCGGCGGCAGCGGCGGCGGCCCAGCAACAACACUAUAAUCGCAUCGCUAUGGCCGGCAACCCUGCUGCUGGAAACCCAGCACAGGGUGCGGGUGCUGGAGGGUUGAGCGGGGAUGGCGCUCUCCCGGGCGCGGUAUCGGUGAUGGAUGGUGGGAUUAGUGAUGAGAACCGCAAGGUUUUCAUCUGGGUUGCCGAACUUCUGGAUCCAAACCGCAGAGAAGCUGCUCUUAUGGAACUAAGUAAGAAGCGAGAGCAGGUUCCUGAGUUGGCCCUCGUCAUUUGGCAUUCGUUUGGCGUCAUGACUGCUUUGCUCCAGGAGAUCAUCUCUGUAUACCCCUUGUUGAACCCCUCUCAGUUAACCGCCGCGGCUUCAAAUCGAGUAUGCAACGCACUGGCUCUGUUACAAUGUGUCGCCUCCCACAACGAGACCCGCACAUUAUUUUUGAAUGCUCACAUCCCGCUUUUUCUUUAUCCUUUCCUGAAUACGACCUCCAAAUCUCGCCCGUUCGAAUAUCUCCGCCUCACCUCUCUUGGUGUGAUCGGAGCGUUGGUAAAGAAUGACUCUUCCGAUGUCAUCAACUUCCUUCUCACAACUGAGAUAAUCCCCCUUUGCCUCCGUAUCAUGGAAACCGGUUCGGAGUUGAGCAAAACAGUUGCUAUCUUUAUCGUGCAGAAAAUCUUGCUUGAUGACAUUGGUCUUGCAUAUAUCUGUGCGACAUACGAGAGAUUCUAUGCUGUGGGGACUGUUCUGAGCAACAUGGUCACCCAGCUCGUGGAGCAGCAGACCGUAAGGCUUCUGAAGCACGUUGUGCGCUGCUUCCUUCGCCUGAGUGAUAACAGCAGAGCGCGUGAGGCCUUGCGCCAAUGCCUUCCCGAGCCUUUGCGAGAUGCCACUUUCUCCUCCGUUCUCCGCGAUGAUGCAGCCACGAAACGUUGUCUCGCACAGCUUCUUAUCAAUCUUUCCGAUAAUGUCUCCGAUGGCGCUCCGGGUGUUGCCAUGUAAAAAGUCGAAAAAGUAUUGCUUCCAUUUUGAAUUACUUGGUAUAUUUGACAACCUUACGAUAUGCAUGGGACGGUCUAAGGCGAAUCUGGGUCAUAAGGCGCAAAUGUGUGAAAAUGGCAAAAUAACGGUAUAACCAAGAAAGAAAAAAGAUUGGGAGAGGAGCACCGGGCUGGGGAUUUAUGUGACCACUAUGUAACAAAGUUUGUUCUUGUGUUUGUUUCCUGUCGCAUUUUUCUUUCUCUAUAUUUU